CUCCUUUUUAUAGAAAAACUUAGUAGCUAUUUUUAUCCUUUCUAAAUAGUUUGGGUCUUUUGUGAUGGAGAGAAUCUGAUUUUUUUUCUUCUCAUGUAUAGAUAAAGAUUUAUACAAAAUACAAGUACUGUAGCUCUUUUAUCUGUAAAUGGGCAUUCAUGUCUGACUUGUAUUAAUAAAUUAGAAUCUGUUUAUGUCAUGUUCUCCAAAGUGUCUGGUGAUAAGUUAUCCUAAGAGUAGACCAUGACUAGUGGAAGUUUUUUCAAGCCUCAACGCGUUUCUUUGGUCACUAUUAAGCUAGUAGAUGCAUUGAUUUUUAAUUGCCUUGUUUAAUUUAUGAUUAUUGCAUAUUUUGGUACUUUUAGUGAAGAAUAUGAUUGGCCAUAACUACCUCUACGUUAGUUAAGCAAAUUGUGUGACUUACCUUGUUUGGAUAUUCAUAUGUAACGAUAAUUAAUACUAGUGCAUGUUUCUUUUAUUAAAGCAUGUCUACUUUUUGUGUAGAAGCAUAUCUGUUUUUAUAUAUUCUUUGCUUGACUUUUAGAAUCUAUGCAAGUUUUGUUUUUUAAUGAAGCUUCUACGCGCUUUCAUGGGGACUGUUUUGAUGCCCCAUGCUCUAUAAAUCAUGCAAAACUAUUAGCAGUUUUUGGUUACUUCCCGCUCUUCAGUUUUAUUUCAAGAAACAUUUUUUGUUCUCUGUGAUGGUACUCAAGAGGCAAUUUGGUGAGGGUGGGAGUUAUGAUUCACCACUCGACAGUGACUCGAAAAGCCCGCCAAUUAAAUUUCAAAAAGUUGUCAACUAUGUAAUGAAAGAAGUGUCACUCCAAGACCUGGCAAUGCAAAUAUCCGCAAUAUUGGAACCUGCUCUUAGAAAAGUGGUAAAAGAGGAGGUGGAGCCGCUGAUGUUCUUUCUUCAGUCAUCUCCUAGACAUUCACUACGGCGAGAUUUAGUUCCUUCAAGAAGCCUGCAGCUGCUUUUUGUCAACAAAUUGCCAUCUACUAUCUUCACAAAUAGUAAGGUAGAGGAUGAGGAGCAUGAGCCUCUUCAAAUAAAACUAGUUGAUGCACAGUCAAAAAGUGUGAUACAUGGUCUGUUCUCUUCUAUAAAGGUUGAGAUUUUUGCUCUCAACGGUGAUUUUGAUGCCGAUGGGCGGGAUGAUUGGAAUGAGACUGAAUUUAAUAACAAUAUUUUGCGUGAAAGACAAGGUAAACGACCAUUAUUGGUAGGAGACGUUUCUUUUGCACUUGUUGGUGGUCUCGGAACCAUUGAAAACAUCACAUUUACUGACAACUCGAGCUGGGUUAGAAGUAGAAAGUUCAAGUUGGGGGUUCGAGUAGUGUCAAGAGCCUCUCUUGAAUUUGGCAUUAGGGAAGCAGUGAGUGAAGCUUUUACAGUGCUGGACCAUCGUGGGGAAUCCUAUCAGAAGCAUAGUACACCAUCCUUGGAUGAUCCAGUUUGGCGUUUGAAGAAAAUAUCGAAACAGGGAGCAUCACAUUUAAAAUUGGAGAAAAUUGGAAUCAAGACAGUAAAGGAUUUUCUGGUGCAAUACCACAUAAACUCAUUGCAUCUGCGAAAUGUGCUUGGCAAAGGGGUUGCUAAUAGGACAUGGGAUACAAUGGUGAAGCAUGCUAAUGAAUGCCAUCUGGACGGCACAUAUUAUAGUUACUGUAAUGAAGCUGAGGGUGCUGAGCUCCUCUUCAACUGCGUCUACAAAGUUGUAGCCGUGAAGUUUGAAGGUCAAGAUUAUCAGCCUGUUGAUAUUUGCCAAAAGGUUCUGGUAGAUAAGUUGAAGGAGUCUGCAUUCAUGAAUGUGAACCAGCUGAUUCCAGUCCACAAUCCAUAUGCUAUCUCUACUUCAAUGCAACCACAAAUUGAACAUGUCGCAUAUUCUAGUCUGAAGCUUGAUUUACAGCAUGAUGCCCGUUCAACUAUAGAUCAAGAUGAACCAGAGAAGCAGAUGGAUAUUAAUCUUUCAGAUUCAUCAUCAUACCCCUGCACAGUUGAAGAUGGCUAUCUACUGGAAGAUGAUUCAGCUUCUCAGACUAACCAACCAAUACAGGGGUUUACACAAUCUUCUUUCCUGACGGGUGAUUACUCUGCUGAGCCCUCUGAUGGAGCCUAUAACUGGUACCGAAACAAUCCAAUGGCUACAUUUGCCCAAAACAAUCAGUUUGGAGAGCUUUCUGAUCUUCAAACCUCACCCUUUUGUUCUCUUGCUAACAAUUGGGGACAAGGAGAUGGCUUCUUAACAACUUCAACUCCUGCUGCUCAUGUAGGUUUCCUCUUCCAGCAACCUGAUCUUAGUUUUGAUAUCCCAGGCACAGUAAAGUCUAAGGCUGGUUGGUGUAAAAUUCGAGCUGCUGUUAUGUGGAAGAUUAUUAGACGAAAAGCUGCUGCUAGAAGGAAGGCAAAGUUCUCUUUCGGCUAUCAUUAACGCAGAUGAUGCUACACUGCUCAUACUUAAACCAUGAAAAUGCUAGGUAUAAUUAGAGUUGUGUCUCCUCCCCAACCCAGGCGGUGUUUGUCUAAACUUCGACUAUAUAGUCGAAAAUAUGUAGAAGGCAGAGUUGCCAUCUAUUGUUAUAGGUGGAUGUUGUAUGAUGUGAAUAAGCGUUCUUGUAGACUUGUAGGCGCUGCAGUUCGUUUUGUGUCUAGUGGAAAUAUACAUACUUCUUGUGAACACAGUGCUAGCCGAUCAAUCACUGCUUGUAAAUGUGAUAAGUGUAUGUAUAUAUAAUAUGUAUGAUAUUAGAUUGAUCUUGA